UAACUCGUUUCCCAACUCAGUCACCUUCUAUCUUUCGUCUUCUCUAUCAUUCUCUCUCUCUAACCCUUUUUUUUCUCACUCACUGCACAAACAUAAACACAAACACAUUGCGUGCAUUCAUCCUUGUUACGGUGAAACCCUUUUUCGUCUUUUCACACUAGCCCUUUUCUCAAAUCAAAUCGCACGGUCAUUCUUCUACCACGUCACCUUCGUCUUCUUCAUACCCUCCCCACCUUCCCUUUCUGCCUCAACCCCCUUUUUCACUAUAUAACCCGAUUUUCACCCUUUUAGGGUUUCGCUUUUUCAUUCUCAAUCACACUGCGCCUCCUUCAAAAUCGUUCGUAAUUUUCAUCACUCCCAAUUUCAUCAUCGUUGCUUCCUUCAAAUUCUCGAUUCAGGGUUUGGAUUGAUAAUUGAGAUCUGUUCGUGGGUGGUUUGAAAAUUUUGAAUUGGGUUACCAAACGCGCUUUUUGGCGGCAGUUUGGUGUUGUUAUGUAUGAUGGCUAUUGAGAAGAACAGUUUUAAGGUGUCAAGGGUUGAUACUGAGUGUGAACCGAUGAGUAAAGAGAGUAUGUCUAGUGGUGAUGAAGAGGAUGUUCAACGGCGGAAUUCGGGGAAUGAAUCUGAUGAGGAUGAUGAUGAGUUUGAUGAUGCUGAUUCUGGGGCGGGUUCGGAUGAUUUUGAUUUGCUUGAAUUGGGUGAGACUGGGGCUGAGUUUUGUCAAAUUGGGAAUCAGACUUGUAGUAUUCCAUUGGAGCUUUAUGAUCUUUCGGGGCUUGAAGAUAUACUUUCGGUUGAUGUGUGGAAUGAUUGUUUGAGUGAAGAGGAGAGGUUUGAACUUGCUAAGUAUCUUCCUGAUAUGGAUCAAGAGACAUUUGUUCAGACAUUGAAAGAGCUUUUUACGGGUUGUAACUUUCAGUUUGGGAGUCCUGUGAAGAAGUUGUUUGAUAUGCUGAAGGGUGGUUUGUGUGAGCCGAGAGUUGCGCUUUACAGGGAGGGGUUGAAUUUUGUUCAGAAGCGCCAACAUUAUCAUUUGUUGAAGAAACAUCAGAACACCAUGGUUAGCAAUCUUUGUCAGAUGAGAGAUGCUUGGCUCAACUGCAGAGGGUACAGUAUUGAAGAAAGGCUCCGUGUUCUGAAUAUUAUGACCAGUCAAAAGAGUUUGAUGGGUGAGAAGAUGGACGAUUUGGAGGCUGAUUCUUCAGAAGAGUCCGGUGAAGGUAUGUGGAGUAGGAAGAACAAGGAUAAGAAAAAUGCCCAGAAAUUGGGUCGUUUUCCUUUCCAAGGUGUGGGUUCAGGUUUAGAUUUCCAUCCGCGAGAACAAUCAAUGGUUAUGGAACAAGAGAAGUAUAGCAAGCAAAACCCUAAAGGUAUACUCAAGCUGGCUGGUUCGAAGACACAUCUAGCAAAGGACCCAACUGCUCACUCGUCUUCUGUCUACCAUGGUUUGGAUAUGAACCCCAGGCUUAAUGGUUCAGCUUUUGCUCACCCUCAACAUAAUAUAUCAACUGGAUAUGAUUUGGGAUCAAUCCGCAGGACGAGGGAUCAGUUGUGGAAUGGCGACAAUGAGGAGGAAAUUUCGUAUCGAGAUCGUAAUGCAUUACGAGGCAGCCUGAUGGACAUGUCUAGUGCUCUGAGAGUGGGAAAGAGGCACGACCUUCUGAGAGGUGAUGAAAUAGAGGGUGGCAAUUUGAUGGGUCUGUCUAUGUCUUCAAAGACUGAUCUACGUGGAUACACCAGAAAUCCAAACCAAUCCUCUGAUAUGCAGUUGUUCGCAGCAAAGCCACCUUCUAAGAAAAAGGGUAAGUAUGCUGAAAAUGUUCAACAAUUUGUAGGUUCUAGGGGUUCAAAGUUAUCGCAUAACGUUGAUUCGAUCCACUCACCAGAUCCUGAUGAUCUUUUCUACAACAAAAGACCAGCACAGGAACUUGGUAUGAGUUCUUUAUUUAAAUAUGAAGAUUGGAAUCCUAAGAGCAAGAAACGGAAAGCUGAGAGAGAGUCUCCUGAUCUCAGUUAUACAGCUUAUAGGUCUUCCUCACCACAGGUCAGCAAUAGACUUUUUUCGUCAGAUUUUAGAACAAAAUCAUCGCAAGAGAAGAUCAGAGGGAGUUUUGUACAGAAUGGAAGAAAAGAUAUGAAGCCUUUGAGGGGUAGCCAUAUGCUUGCAAGAGGUGAAGAAACUGAAUCAGAUUCCUCAGAACAGUGGGAUGAUGAUGAUGAUAAUAAUCCUUUAUUGCAGAGCAAAUUUGCUUACCCAAUUGGUAAAGCUGCUGGUUCUCUCACAAAACCAUUGAAGUCUCAUCUAGAUCCUAUGAAGGCCAAAUUCAGUAGGACAGAUAUGAAGGCAACACAAUCCAAAAAGAUAGGUGGCUUUGCAGAGCAGGGGAACAUGCAUGGUGCAGAUAAUUACCUUUCAAAAAAUGCAAAGAAGAGUAAAAUAUUCAAUGGCAGUCCUGUGCGUAACCCUGCUGGCAAAUUCAUGGAAGAGAACUAUCCCUCAGUAUCAGAUAUGCUAAAUGGUGGUCAUGAUGAUUGGAGACAAUUAUACAAAAGCAAGAAUGAUCAAAUACGAGAUGAACCUGUUCAAAGGUUUGACAUGCCCUCAUCAACUUCAUAUGCUGCUGAGCAUAAGAAGAAAGGGAGAAUUGGCCUUGAUCAUUCCAGUAUGAGGUCAAAAUAUUUACAUGAUUAUGGUAAUGAUGAGGAUGACUCACUUGAGAAUCGGUUGUUAGCGGAUGAAAAUGGAGUUGGACAGAGUAGGUUUUGGAGAAAAGGGCAGAAAAAUGUUGCACAUAAGGAUGAUCGUGAUGAAAGAUCUGAGGUACCAUUACUUGGUUGUAACUCAGCAAUGAAGAAGCGAAAAAUGAAGUUUGGUGCAGCAGAUUUUGGUGAAAGAGAUGAAGAUGCCAAUCUUCUGUCAAGCAAUCCUUCCAAAAUAGAUGAUUUGCCUGCUUUUUCUUUGAAAAGAAAGUCAAAGAAAAAACCAGGGGCUGAGAUGGUUAUUUCUGAAAUGGAGAAUUCUGAACUGCCUCUUACUCAUACGGUGACGGCAGACGUAGAAGUGGAGACCAAGCCACAGAAAAAGCCAUAUAUUUUGAUCACACCUACUGUUCAUACUGGAUUUUCAUUUUCUAUUAUGCAUCUUCUUACUGCAGUCCGCACAGCAAUGAUUAGUCCACCUGAAGUAGAAAGUUUGGAGGCGGGGAAGCCUGUAGAACAGCAGAACAAAGCGCAGGAAGACAGUCUCAAUGGUGUUAUUUCUAGCGAUAAGGUGGAUGAUAAGGUGGCUGCCAAUGUUGAACCUUCUGACCAAAAGAAUGUGCCAUCUCUUACCAUUCAGGAGAUCGUCAAUCGUGUGAGAUCAAACCCUGGUGAUCCCUGUAUUCUUGAGACACAAGAGCCACUGCAGGAUUUGGUUAGAGGUGUUCUAAAGAUAUUCUCUUCCAAAACAGCACCUUUAGGAGCAAAGGGUUGGAAGGUACUAGCAGUUUAUGAAAAAUCUACCAGAAGUUGGUCAUGGAUUGGCCCGGUUUUACACAACUCAUCUGACCAUGAUCCCAUUGAGGAAGUGACAUCUCCCGAAGCUUGGGGCCUUCCUCAUAAGAUGCUCGUCAAGUUGGUCGAUUCCUUCGCCAAUUGGUUGAAAUGUGGUCAGGAUACUCUUAAACAAAUAGGAAGUCUCCCUGCACCACCCUUGGAAUUGAUGCAAAUCAACCUUGAUGAGAAGGAACGGUUUAGAGACCUAAGGGCCCAAAAGAGUCUUAACACCAUAAGCCCAAGUUCAGAGGAAGUGAGGGCUUAUUUUCGCAAGGAGGAACUUCUCAGGUACUCAAUUCCGGAUAGAGCUUUCUCAUAUACUGCAGCUGAUGGUAAAAAGUCUAUUGUGGCUCCAUUGAGAAGAUGUGGUGGUAAGCCAACAUCAAAAGCCAGAGACCAUUUUAUGUUGAAACGUGAUCGUCCACCACAUGUUACAAUUCUCUGUCUUGUCAGAGAUGCAGCUGCUAGGUUGCCUGGAAGUAUUGGUACUAGAGCAGAUGUUUGUACAUUAAUUCGAGAUUCUCAAUACAUUGUUGAAGAUGUCUCUGAUGAAAAAAUUAACCAAGUAGUUAGUGGAGCCUUGGAUAGAUUGCAUUAUGAACGUGAUCCUUGUGUGCUAUUUGAUCAAGAGAGGAAACUGUGGGUCUAUUUACAUAGAGAAAGAGAAGAGGAAGAUUUUGACGAUGAUGGCACGUCGUCCACAAAGAAAUGGAAGAGGCAGAAAAAAGAUGUUGCUGAUCAAUCUGAUCAGGCACCAGUAACUGUUGCUUGUAAUGGGACUGGAGAGCAAAGUGGAUAUGAUUUGUGCUCUGAUCUCAAUGUGGAUCCACCAUGCAUUGAAGACGAUAAGGAAGCGGUUCAACUUCUGACUACUGAUACAAGGCCGAAUGCAGAGGAUCAAGUUGUUGUCAAUCCUGUUUCUGAAGUAGGCAAUUCUUGCGAAGACAAUUCAAUGACUUGGGAGGCUCUUGAUUUGAAUCCUACUCGAGAGUUAUGCCAAGAAAAUUCAACAAAUGAAGAUUUUGGUGAUGAAUCCUUUGGGAGAGAAAGACCUGUUGGACUACUAAGUGCAAGCUUAUUGUGAAGAAAUCUACAGGCUUGAGUCAUUCACAUUCAAGAGUUCAAUUACACCGGUUAUAGCUGUGCUUGUAUAUAUUGCGGGCGCAGUAUCUUUGUAUAUUGAUUUGGCCGGAAAGAAUAGGAUAGAAUAUGCGAUCUUGUUGAAGAUCAUGGAAGCUGGUUAGGUUAGCUGAAUGUUUUUGUGGCUUUACUUUUCAUAUAUAAUAAUACAAUUUGGUUCUCGAUAUAAAAUGAUCUUAUUUUGCUUCUUGUCUGAGGGAUCAAGAAGCUCUGAGUGGCACUAUUGUAUUGAAUCGCAAAAUUCUUAUAUUAUUAUGUAUAUAAACGGUUCAAUUAAGACAUGAUGUCUGUGGUACAUCCAAUAAAUCUGUCCAUCCAAAUGAUCAGGACAAAAUAUUAAUUA